GCGGUACCUGGGUGUGUCACGGGACUAUAUAAAAGGUCUCGUGCGCGGUAACGGCUUCACCAAGGGCUACGUGCAUCACCUUUAGUGUUAGUGCAUCAGAAUUACCGGAGAAACGAUGCGACUCUACGGAAACCUGGCGAUGUUUCUGCUGCUCGCCUGGCUCGCGCCCAGAGACUCGUCCUGUCGUGGAAAAGGGAAAGGAAGGAAUAAAGAUGGAACAGAGAACGGAGUCGCCUUCAAGGGGAAAUUCACCGGACACGCCAAAGCGCGAUGCACGUGGACGGCGAGUGGAGAUAAACAGUACACGCUGAAAGUCAUGUGCGUCGGGGUGAACCAGGGGAAUCCUGUGAGUGUCACGUGCGAGUACACUGGCGAGCCCGCGCUCUGCCCCUCCUUCAUCACCAAACCCAACGCCUUUUGGAAACAGAUGUCUCGCGCACUCCAGCAGCAGAAGCAGCACCUGUGCAGGGACGCUCGCGGGACCGUCAAAGCGCGCACGUGCAAAAACGGGCCCAAGGGCGCUCACUUCAAGCUCGUUAGCGCAAUAAAGGAAAUCGCCACGACGACGCCGGCGGUGAGAAGCGGAUUGUCGGAGGAUGCAAGCGCGACGGAGUGCACGCGACGCGCCGAUCACCGACAGCUCGCGCAGGAAAAGUGCGGAAGUGACUGGGCGAAUUUCUGCAACUUUCUAUUCCACAUGGUCCAGAGUAGAGACUGCUGAGUGUCCACAUCACGUGUGUUUAAACAUCACAUCUGUUUAGUGCCAAAUGUCCCUCUGAGCAACAGCUGACUAUUUAACUACAAAAACUACAGCUUUUAUACAAAAAAUAAAUAAAUAAAAGUUACUUAGGUUAAGGUUGUGGUCAGAUUUGGUAUAGUUAAAGCAACAUAUUGUGUGUGUGUGUGUGUGUGUGUGUGUGUGUGUGUGUGUGUGUGUGUGUGUGUGUGUGUGUGUGUGUGUGUGUGUUGUUGGGGACUAUAUAUUGGAAUAUCUGACCAUGUGGAUCUUUUGAGGACGUUUUUUUUUAUGAUUUUUUUUACUCUCCACGAAGUAAACAGAUUUUUCUAUGCAACAAAAUUAUGGAUUUUAUCUAAAAACAUAAAUAAUAAAUAAACAAAAGAGUUUGGUUUAAUUUUA